AUGCAGCAAUCCGGACAGGCGGAAAGGGCUGGCUAUGACAAAACCGGUGGUGGCAGGUACAGAACGACUUCUUCUAAAGAUACGGAACUUGCAGCUACAAAGAUUCAAGCUGGAUUUCGUGGCUAUCAGGUUCGUAAACACUAUCAUCUUCAUGACCAAUCGGAUAGGUCAUCGCUCGGUCAUUCCCCAGAGGCUGGGCAUCAUAUGUGCACAAGCCCCGAAGAACAAUACCAAAAAGCGUCUGUUCUAAACCGCACUGAGGCUGACAAAGCUGCGGCCAAAAUCCAAGCUAGUUUCAGG